AUGGCAGCACCCACUGGUGACAUCGGCCUCAUCGGUCUGGCCGUCAUGGGCCAGAACCUGAUUCUCAACAUGAACGACAAGGGCUUCAACGUCGUCGCGUACAACCGCACGACGUCCAAGGUUGACGCCUUCCUUGCCAACGAGGCCAAGGGCACCAACAUCCAGGGCGCGCACUCAAUUGAGGAGCUUGUUGCUAAGCUCAAGCGCCCGCGCAAGAUCAUCCUCCUCGUCAAGGCCGGUUCCGCCGUCGACGCUUUCAUCGAGCAGCUCACACCACACCUCGAGAAGGGCGACAUUAUCAUUGACGGUGGUAACUCGCACUACCCUGACUCGAUCCGCCGCACGAAGGAGCUCGAGGCCAAGGGCCUUCUCUUCGUCGGCUCUGGUGUUUCCGGCGGUGAGGAGGGUGCCCGCUACGGCCCCUCUCUCAUGCCCGGCGGUUCGACUGAGGCAUGGGCGUCUAUCAAGGAGAUCUUCCAGAAGACUUCCGCGCAGGCCUACGGCGAGCCGUGCUGCGAUUGGGUUGGCCCGACCGGCGCAGGCCACUACGUGAAGAUGGUUCACAACGGUAUUGAGUACGGUGACAUGCAGCUCAUUGCUGAGGCGUACGACAUCUUGAAGCGCGGUCUUGACCUCAGCGAGGCUGAGAUCGCCGACAUCUUCGAGACCUGGAACAAGGGCGUCCUCGACUCCUUCCUGAUCGAGAUCACCUACAACAUCCUCCGCUUCAAGGACGACGACGGUGUCGCAAUCGUCAACAAGAUCCUCGACCAGGCUGGCCAGAAGGGUACCGGCAAGUGGACCGCCGUCAACGCGCUUGACACCGGUGUUCCCGUCACUCUCAUCGGUGAGGCCGUCUUCGCCCGCUGCUUGUCUGCCAUCAAGGGCGAGCGUACCCGCGCCAGCAAGAUCCUCGCCGCCCCGCACAAGGAGCCCUUCCGCGGUGACAAGAAGCAGUUCAUCGACGACCUUGAGCAGGCGCUCUACGCCUCCAAGAUCAUGUCCUACACCCAGGGCUUCAUGCUCAUGCGCGACACCGCCAAGGAGCAGAACUGGGACCUCAACUACGCCGGCAUUGCCCGCAUGUGGCGUGGUGGCUGCAUCAUCAAGUCUGUCUUCCUCAAGGACAUCACGGAGGCGUUCGUCACCAAGCCAGACAUCGAGUCCCUCCUCUUCCACUCCUUCUUCAAGGACGCCGUCACCAAGGCGCAGCCUGGAUGGCGCCGUGUCAUCGCGCAGGCCGUCCUCUGGGGUAUCCCGACGCCCGCGUUCUCGACCGCGCUUUCCUUCUUCGACGGUUACCGCUCGGAGGUCGUCCCCGCGAACCUUAUCCAGGCGCAGCGUGACUACUUCGGUGCACACACCUUCAAGGUCAUGCCUGGCUUCGAGAGCGAGAAGCUCAAGACUGGCGAGGACAUCCACAUCAACUGGACCGGUCGUGGUGGCAACGUCUCUGCGUCGACGUACUCCGCUUAA